AUGACGAACUGUGAGAAAAGUAACUGGAAUGAGAUCGUUGACAGCUUUGAUGACAUGAACCUCUCAGAGUCCCUCCUCCGUGGCAUCUACGCCUAUGGUUUUGAGAAGCCCUCUGCCAUCCAGCAGCGAGCCAUUCUUCCUUGUAUCAAGGGUUAUGAUGUGAUCGCUCAAGCCCAAUCUGGGACAGGAAAAACAGCCACUUUUGCCAUAUCGAUUCUGCAACAGAUUGAAUUGGAUCUAAAGGCCACUCAGGCCUUGGUCCUGGCACCUACUAGAGAAUUGGCACAGCAGAUACAGAAGGUAGUCAUGGCUUUAGGAGAUUACAUGGGUGCCUCCUGCCAUGCCUGCAUUGGUGGUACCAACGUGCGUGCAGAGGUGCAGAAGCUGCAGAUGGAAGCUCCCCAUAUCAUCGUGGGCACCCCAGGACGUGUGUUUGACAUGCUUAAUCGCAGAUACCUGUCUCCCAAAUACAUCAAGAUGUUUGUACUGCAUGAAGCUGAUGAAAUGUUAAGCCGUGGGUUCAAGGACCAGAUCUAUGACAUAUUCCAAAAGCUCAACAGCAACACCCAGGUAGUAUUGCUGUCGGCUACAAUGCCUUCCGAUGUGCUUGAGGUGACCAAGAAGUUCAUGAGGGACCCCAUUCGGAUUCUUGUCAAGAAGGAAGAGUUGACUCUGGAGGGUAUCCGUCAAUUCUACAUCAAUGUGGAAAGAGAGGAGUGGAAGCUGGACACAUUGUGUGACUUAUAUGAAACCCUCACCAUCACCCAGGCAGUCAUCUUCAUCAACACGCGAAGAAAGGUUGACUGGCUCACUGAGAAGAUGCACGCCCGAGACUUCACCGUUUCUGCCAUGCAUGGCGAUAUGGACCAAAAGGAACGAGAUGUAAUCAUGAGGGAGUUCCGCUCUGGCUCUAGUAGAGUAUUGAUUACCACUGACCUGCUGGCCAGAGGCAUUGAUGUGCAGCAGGUUUCUUUAGUCAUCAACUAUGACCUUCCCACCAACAGGGAAAACUAUAUUCACAGAAUCGGUCGGGGUGGACGUUUUGGCCGUAAGGGUGUGGCUAUUAAUAUGGUGACAGAGGAAGACAAGAGGACUCUUCGAGACAUUGAGACCUUCUACAACACCUCCAUCGAGGAGAUGCCCCUCAAUGUUGCUGACCUCAUCUGAGAGGGGCUGGCCUGCUGCCUCAUCCCAGCCAGGGUUCUCAGUCCUUGGCAGGCUGAGGAGGAGCAGGAGGGGGGAGGGAAGGGAGCCAAGGGAUGGACAUCUUGUCAAUUUUUUUUCUUUUUUCUUUUUUUCCCUUUGAAUAAAUGUCACUUUUUGAGGCAAA